UUGAUGCUACAUACAAGGCUACUGGGUUAACUGAUGGUGAAGCUAUUCAACUAUUGAGUUUAAAGGCUUUCAAGAAAAGCUUCCCACCAGAAGAUUAUUUGGAGUCGUGCCAUCAUAUUUUAGGGUAUGCUCAGGGCCGGGGCUUCCCUUGGCUCUUGUGGUUUUAGGUUCUUUUCUAUUUUGUAGAAAACCCGAUGAACGGGAAAGUACAAUAGAUAGGCUAAACAAUACACCACAUAGACAAGUUAUGGAUGUGCUUCAGAUUAGUUUUGAUGGACUAGAGGAAAAAGACAAACAAAUAUUCCUACACAUUGCUUGUUUGUACAAGGAGAAGGACAGGGAUCGUGUGACACAAAUACUAGGCUAUUGCAAGCUAGAUUCUGGCAUUGGUUUAAGGGUUCUUGAGGAAAAAUCUCUGAUUACUAUUUUUAACAACAAACUGUUGAUGCACGAUUUGCUACAAGAAAUGGGCUUGGAAAUAGUUCGUCGAGAGUCCCCUGAAGAGCCAGGUAAACGGAGUAGAUUAUGGUCUCCUGAAGAUAUCCACAAUGUGCUGAAGAAAAAUAAGGGAACAGACAAAAUCCGAUCAGGUCUCCAGUCACUUAGAGAGAGAAACUUCACAGGUCUUCGGUCACCAGAAUCCUGUGACCGACCUCGGGAUUCCGGUCGCUGGCGGCCAAAAUCCGGUGACCGGCUGCUGGAAUCCUAGCCCUGGUGACCAGAGUCCAGCAUCCAGUUUUAUUACCCCCAAUACCCAAUAAACUUUUUAUUGCCUCCCAAUAAACUUUUUAUUGCCCUCUAAUAAGAGUUUUAUUAGAAGUCUAUAAUCAGUGAAAAAUGAAGUUAUGAAGGUGUUCUUAAUUUUGAAAGGUUCAGAAAGUUUAGAAGCAUGGAAUCCCG